AUGUCGCUCGUCCGCCCCGCCGCGCGUGCGCUCGCCUCGACUUCAUCACAAAGUUGCGGUGCUCGCUCCCUCGCCCGCGCUUUCUCGACCUCGCGGGCUGUCUGCGAUGACACGGACAGGGGCAGGCGCGCAGACGCAAUCGGCGGGAUUCGCGCACGCCCCAUCUCGCUGAAGAAGGCCGCCGAGGCAGCCGGGUCGACCGAUAUGCUCAUCGCGCAGGCUCUCGAGCGGACGUCGCGGCCGCCGGCUGGUGCGGCAGAACGACGACCAGGUGCUGGAGCAGGAGCAGGAGCGGGGCAAGCGCCGCGAGCACCGGGAAUGCAUCGCGAGGAGUUGCAGCGUUUGCUGGCGGAGCGCAAGGCCGCUGCCGCGCGAGGGAUCAAGGAAUCGGCGUUGCGCGGUCCAGGAGCAGGUGGACCAGGAGGGCCUCGGUUCGGUGGACCUCGGCCAGGAGGACCAGGCGGACCAGGCGGUGCGCGGUUUGGCGGGCCUCGUCGAGGUGGACAAGGAGCAGGUGCAGGACCUGGAGGUGCGCCGAACCCGUACGCGCCGGUCCGUCGUCCGCCCAGGAAGUCCUUCAAGCCCCGGUUCGAGCGCGUCGUCUCGGAGUACAAGCCGCCCUGGACGAAGGAGGAGUUGACGCCCCGCAAGCCGCCCGCGACGGUCGACACUCCCAAACUCCAGCUCGACGCUCUCGUCGCCGCCAACACCUACGUCCGGAACAGCAUCGCCGAGCAGAUCUGCAAGGAGGUCAAGCUCAAGCCGUUCUCGUCGAACCCGAAGGAGCGCGCGGCGGCGGAGAAGAUCUUCCAGGGCGAUUACUCGCAGUUCCUCGUCCGGGCGCCGGGCAAGGACAAGGACGGCAAAGAUGAGGUAUUGGCACGGGCGAUGGAGGCCCUCCUGCACAACCCGACCGUCUCGUUCGCGCGCAGGCAGGAGUUUGUCGACAAAAUGCGCGAGUCGAUGCCGCAAUAG